AUGGGUAAUAAAUUGUCUCGCCUUGCUCCGGACUCUCCGAAGCGGUCCCGGAAGCGUCAAAUCAGCCACGACGAGGCUGAGGCGAAUGCAUAUCGUGAAUAUGAAUACAAGCCCGCUCGCGGCCAACCUUCGCAGAGCAGCAGAAUCGUCCGGCAGUAUGACGAGCCGACUUGGUGGCCGAGAUCAUCUUCACCAACGUGGUCCGACGAAUACUGCUUUGUGUUGACACCAUCCCCGCGUGGUUCCGUUGUGGCCUCGCGGAGCCAAUGUGACUGCGAUGAAUGCGCCGGCAAUGGCACAGGAUUGACGUCAGCAGAACUCGUCCAACGAUGGCAUGCUAUCCAGGAUGAUUGGGAACUGUGGCCAGGGAACUAUUACGACCACUCGCGACAACGUGUUGUCGUGAGCAGACCGCAAGAUUAUCACCAUGGUCUGGACACUGAUGAGUAUGGCAUCCAUGAAGAAAGGUUCGAGGACACAACCGCGUUUAUCAAUGUCUCCAACUGGAGGCGCGGCGUGGCUCUGCCGCCACAGCCAAGUUCAAGAACCACCGUCGAGCCCGAGCAAGAGAACACAGCACGCAGACGAGACUCCCGGAUCCCUCAAGAAUUGCAAAAAUGUUUCUUAGGUGCCGGUGGGGCUGGCGUGCGCCGGAUUGCGACAAUGACCCCACGACGACCUGCCGCCACUGAAAUCGUCGAGAGUGCGAGCCAAGAUAAAUCGGGUAAAUUCGAUGCAGUGAGAAAGGAAGAAAAGUUCGCGACCACAAUGUCUGCACCGAGAGUGCUCUUGGGUGGGAACAUGAUGGCGGGCCUCAAACAAGCACUCUGA